AUGAGCUACCACCCCGUCCCAGGAUCCUCGCGCGCCGCGUCGCUUUCCGAGGGCUCGGUGAGCGACUCGGCAACGCUAGCCCCGACGAUCGCCUCGUCGGCGAGUACUCUGGUGCCCCACCGCGAGCGCGGGGCAGGUUCGGGUCACUCGCCCGGCUUGCACACGAUCAAGGAGAAGGAGGAUGCCGACGCCGAUGCCGACGCGCUCCACGCCGCUCCGGCAGCGCUUGGCCGCGACGCCGGGCUCCGCGAACUGCUCGCGUGGGCUUCGCUCGUGCUCGCCACUUGCGUCCUCCUCCUCGAACCCCUCGGCGCGGCGCUCGCGUGGCCCAGCAUCCUCGCUGCGCGGUUCCCGUCCGAUGUCGGGCGGUACAACGACGGACGGAUCAUGGCAUUCACGAGCUUGGGGUGGUACGCGCUGUACUAG